AUGACGAGCGAAGUCGACUCUGCAGAACUGGAGCUGCCUUUGCCAACCUGCGUAAGCUAUCACGUGACGUCAUGUGACCCGUGUGACGCUGCAGAGCUUGCGGAAAAUGAAAAUGGGCUGGGGAAUGCGGCUUCAUCUCUCGACUUCCUCCCCAGCCUUUUUCCCUGCCUCAACGGAUCCUUCUCCAGACUACGCAUCACAAUGGAUGGCCUCAAUGCCGCGGAGCAACGCGAGCUUGCCGCUCGCAUGGAAAGAAGACAGUUGAAGGAGUUCAUGACUAUGUACUCCAAGCUCGUCCAGCGCUGCUUCGACGACUGUGUCAACGACUUCACCACCAAAUCCCUAAUUUCCCGCGAAGAGGGCUGCGUCAUGCGCUGCGUGGACAAAUUCUUCAAGGGUUCUGCCCGGUUGAACGAACGCUUCCAGGAACAGAAUGCUGCCAUGAUGCAGAGCGGACAGCUUCCAGGUCGGUAG